GGAUGUAGCCCUGGAGAAGUUGAAGUUACAAUGUAUGUAGGUAGAACAUUGAGCCAUACAUACAGCUCAGAGCUUACAUGUCCUGAGCACCCUAGUAAUUUACAGGGUGUGCUACAAGGGUAUGCAGUAGCAAUGCCCCAGAAAUGACCGCUCAACACCUUUGAACCAAGAAACCUCCAAGCAACUCCAAGACUUUUACAACCUUACAACUCUUCUACCUAGUACUUCUUCAUACUUACAUACAUCCAUAGCAACUUUUGGUCUACACAUCGCCCAACAAUGUGGCUUAGAUGCAUCUACGAAUAAAUAACUGACAGCUUGCUCUCUUUACCCAUCUUGACUUCUUGAUUAUAAGUUGUCGCGUAUUACCUCACAUAUACAUACCAAUAUCCUUCCAUCUAAUAUCUCGAUCGUCAUCACAUUACUUACCCACCUACCUAGUACCUACCUAUCUAUUUAGGUACUCUUCCAUCUCCAUAUUCCCCAACAAACCCAUCUUUGUAGACUGUUGAAUCUGCAAUCAUGACGGCCGAUUGGCGGGAAGCCACCCUACGGCAUUUACACUUUCAACCUAGGACCACCGCGAAACCCCCGUUUUCCGUCGAGGUACCUGGAGCUGAAGCCGUCCAGGGAGAGACGAAGCCACGCCGACAUCCUCUAGCUGUGAAUGGGCUCAUCACAACCCCAUCUGACGACAUAACUACCGCCUAUGAGCUUCUACGUGCGAGUGUUGCCAAAUUUGGCAAUGCAAAGGCCCUAGGCUCUCGACGCCUUGUGCGAACCCACCAGGAGACCAAGAAGAUCAAGAAGAUAGUAGACGGUCAAGAACAGGAGGUGGACAAGGCUUGGACGUUUUUCGAACUCGGCCCCUACGAAUACCUCACCUAUAAUGAAUUCGACAAGUUAGCCUCGAACAUUGGUUCCGGUUUAAGGAAACUGAGCAUGAACAAAGGGGAUAGAGUACACAUAUUCGCUGCUACAAGCGCCAACUGGUUGGCCACUUUCCAUGCUGCUACCUCUCAGUCGAUGCCCGUCGUAACCGCCUACGACACUCUCGGCGAGGAGGGCCUGAGACAUUCCAUGGUUGCGACAGCUGCCAAGGCAAUCUUCUUGGACCCUCAUCUACUGCCUACGCUGGGCAACGUGCUCAAGGACGCUACUGAGGUGCGCUACGUCAUCUGGAAUAACCAGCACCAGGUUCGACAGGAGCACAUCAACAACUUAAAGAGCGCCUAUCCCCACAUCACGGUCGUGAGUUUUAAGGAAUUAGAGAAACUCGGCAGGGAGAACCCCUUCGACGCAGUACCUCCUACCCCUGAGGAUCUUUGCUGUAUCAUGUAUACAUCAGGAUCUACUGGUACUCCUAAAGGCGUGCCUCUGAAGCACAAAGCUCUCAUCGCUGCUGUUACUGGUGUAAGUGUCGUCGUUCAACCAUUUAUCGGCCCUGGUGACGGUCUUUUGACCUAUCUUCCCCUGGCCCAUAUUCUCGAGCUUGUCUUCGAAAACGCGUCCCUGUAUUGGGGUUGUACCAUGGGAUAUGGAAAUCCGAAAACCUUAUCUGAUACCUCAGUUCGCAACUGCGCUGGCGAUAUUCGCGAGUUUAAGCCCACUGUCUUAGUCGGAGUGCCGGCUGUCUGGGAGUCUGUGAAGAAAGGAAUCGCUGCCAAGGUUCAUGCUGGCGGCCCCAUAGUCCAGAACAUGUUCUGGGGCGCAUUGGCAUUGAAGAGUAGAAUGUUGGCCACUGGUCUACCUGGAACCGGCAUACUUGAUUCCGUCGUCUUCAAGAAGAUCAAGGAAGCCACUGGUGGUCGCCUUCGAAUAUGUCUCAACGGCGGCGGUCCCGUAUCCAAGGAGACGCAACGGUUUAUAUCCAUGGCCAUCGCACCCAUGAUUAUCGGGUAUGGCCUUACCGAGACGACCGCUAUGGGUGCUCUUAUGAGUCCUCAAGAGUGGUCAUCCGAAACAAUUGGUGCCAUGCCCGCUUCCAUCGAAGUCAAGCUCGUCGACUUCGCCGACGCAGGCUAUUUUGCGACCAACAAGCCUAACCCACAAGGCGAGAUCUGGAUCCGAGGUGUCAGUGUUUUGGAAGAAUACUACGAGAAUGAGAAGGAGACCCUGGAGAACAUCGCCCCUGGUGGUUGGUUUAAGACUGGCGAUAUCGGUGAAUGGGACUCAAAUGGCCACCUCAAGAUCAUUGACCGCAAGAAGAAUCUCGUCAAAACCCUAAACGGCGAGUACAUCGCGUUAGAGAAGCUUGAGUCAAUUUACCGAUCAUCCCAUGUCGUUGGCAACAUCUGCGUAUACGCAGACCAGAACAAAGCCAAGCCUAUCGCGAUUAUCGUACCGUUAGAACCGACACUGAAGCAGAUCGCCGCAGACAACGGGAUACCAGGGGGAAGUCUCGAGGAGCUCGUACACAACAAGAAGCUGAAUGGCCUUGUAUUGAAGGAGCUUCAGAAUGUGGGACGAAAUGGUGGUUUGUCCGGCAUUGAAAUCAUCGAGGGAGUGGCGUUGUCAGAUGAGGAGUGGACGCCGCAAAACGGCCUCGUAACAGCAGCGCAGAAACUCAAUCGCAAGGGCAUUCUGAGCAAGUACGAAAAGGAGGUGAAGGAGGCAUACAGCUCUUCAGGAUAAGCGUAUGUUGUAGUAAUGUAUGAGGAUCUAACCCCGUGGAUAUGAGGCGGUUGGGGUUAUCUAGUUUGGACAGGCAUACAGUGUACAUGAUGGCACGAGAGCCGAGAUUGGGAAUAGAGCUGACGGCAUGAAAGGGACUUAUCCGCGGGCUUCUCCUUGCGGUAAGACAGUUGUUGUUUGAGCGUGUUUUGUACACAGUUGUAUUGACUUUAAGUAAUUCUAUUAUGGAUGUAUUUGCCUUCUACUAUUCUGUACCUACCCACCUACCUACCUAUCUUAUACCAUGAAGUCUUCCCAAC